AUGACAAACCUAGAUAAUAAUAAUUUAAAUGAAGAAAUUAAAAAUAAAUUAGAGAAACAACAAAAUCAAAAAGAACAAAAAUUAAUUAUAGUUAUAAUGGGAGUGAGUGGUAGUGGCAAAACUACAAUUGGUAAUGCUAUUGCAUCAUCAUUAGGUUGUGGUUUUAAUGAUGCAGAUGAAUUUCAUAGUGAAGAGAACAAAGAAAAGAUGAGAUCAGGUAUACCUUUAAAUGAUGAUGAUAGAAAACCAUGGUUAUCAUCAAUUAAUAAAAGAAUGAUUGAAUUUUUAAAUAAUGAAAAUGAUGGAGCUAAUGAUCAUGUUUUUACAUGUUCAGCUUUGAAAUCAACAUAUAGAGAUCAAAUAUCAAAUAAUAUUAAUAAAGAUAAUCUAUUAUUCAUACUUUUACAAGGAAGUAAACAAUUAUUAUCUGAACGUUUACAAAAUAGAAAAAACCACUUUUUCAAUCCAAAUUUAUUAGAUAGUCAAUUAUCAAUAUUAGAAUUACCAACCCAAUCAGAAUUAUCAAAUCAUCAUUAUGCAUUCAUUGAUAUUUCAAAUUCUGUUGAUGAAAUUGUUGAAGAAAUUUUUAAUUAUUUAAAAUAA